AUGACUCGCCACUUCAGGCGACAGCAGAGAGGCGCUAAUAGACCUUCGUUGGUCGCACUCUUUCUUCCUCUCUGUUUGUUCUUCUUUGCCUCUUCAUUUUCAAUUUUCUCCAUCGUCGUGGCAGCAGCCAUCCCAACCCAGCAGCAGCAACAGCAGCAACAGGGCGCUGUUCUUCCAACUCCCCCCACCUAUUCGUAUCUGCCGGAAAAUGUAGAAGAAAACACCCAGACAAGGAAAAGCAUUUUGUCUAGAAGCCGGAGUGUGAGAGCACCUCAAUCACCUCCGGAUAGCUCCUUGUGCAACGCGUUGCAAACAGCCGAGGAAGCGGCAGAGGGACAGGUAGACCAUGCAGAAGAAGGUGAAUUGUUUGUAAAGGGCGAUGAAACCCUCAUAGAACUGCAGCGCAACACAGCAGCAGCCUCAUACGGAGACGGAGAGGAGUCUGUCUCGCUUCCUUCUAAUGGGGGCGCAAAAGAAUUACGCCCUUCGCUUACAAACAAGUCUUCAAACUUCCUUCAGCAUGCUGAGGGAAGUAUUUCUGCUAUCGAAGCGCUCCCCUUCCCUCCCGCGGCUACUUCUGGUGUGCAUACACCUGAUAUUGACUCACUCGCACCUGCGCCAGCCAUACACCGGCAACUGCAGGGCUUUGACCCCUCUCAGCUGGGCCCGGCAGCGCAGUACGCGCAGUACCUGACAACCUUUUUGCCAGGCCAGCAGCAGCAGCAGCAGUUGCAGCAACUGCAGCAACUGCUCGCUGCGAGUGGGCGCGGGGGCCUCACCCCUGCCGCUGUCAAGCAGCUGCAACGGCUACAACGACGCGCCCAGGCAGCAGCAUAUGCAAACUCAGUUACAUCGCAUCCUCUGCUGCAGGGGUUGCUGAGGACAGCUCUCACAACAGUAACGGAAACAUUGCAGAGUGUCUCUCUAGCAGAUGUCGUGCAAAGUGCUGUGCCCCUGCCCCCUCCCUUAGCUAGAUAG